AGUUCGUAGGUUUGAAGACUGCAGUAUAUAGUUGAGUUACCAUGGUGAUCAGACGUGUACAUUUACAAAUUGGUGUGAUUCAGUUACUGCAUGUGAUGACAACCUGAAGGGGGAAAAGGUUGCCAAAUUUAAGCAUUUCGUGAUUUGUAACAAGAAUUCGUGAGACAAAUUGAGAUGAGCGCUGUGGGCGGGGGUGGAAAGCCCCACGUUUUUGGUGUAACCCUACGCCGAUCCUCCCGCAACACACCCUGGGGCGUAAGAAUCGUGGGAGGCGUUGAUGUGGGCUCUUCCAUCGUCAUAAUCAGGGCACAAGAUGGGACGCCCGCGGGCGCUGAACUGCGUCGUGGCGACAUUAUCAAGAAGAUCGUUGAUUAUGACAGCCGGGACUUGAGACACGAGGAUGCUCAGAAUCUGUUCAGAAAUGCGGGCAACACGAUUUCCCUCGUUAUAGAGAGAGAAUCAAACGCUGCAGGUAUCCGACCAGUAGCUGCGACGCCUGUCAAACCACCGGUGGCAGGAGGAGUCCCUACUCCUUUUAAUUCUGCAUCUUUUUACACCGCCGACUCCCCCAAGCCAUUCGUGAACUCGUCAGCGCCAACCCUGGGGUCUCCGAUUCCAGGGUCGAAGUCGCUGAACAGGGCACCGUCCCCGAUUGUCUUCCCACCGCCUCUGCCUUCUUCUCAGGAGUUCAGUUUCCAGCAGAAUGCAAAGCCUCACGUUCAGUUCCGUCCUGUUGAAACCAGCGCAUUUGACGAACACGAAGAGGAACUCAGCUCUAUCACAAAUCAGCCUUAUCGCACGACACCCCUCGUCCUGCCAGGGGCUAAAGUUAAAAAGGACGCUACGCUCACAUCCUCAUAUUUACGUCAUCAUCCGAAUCCAAUGUUCAGAGCACCUCCAUCUCAUCAUGACACAACAGCUGAAGUGCUUAUGAAACAAAAGGUUGCAGACACUGUACUUCAGAGAGUUGCAGGUGAAGACGCAAUGGCUGGGAAACAGGUGGUGCAUAAACAGUUCAAUUCACCAAUUGGAUUAUAUUCUGAUCACAACAUUACUGAGACAAUUCAGUCACAAACAGGAAUUACACCGAACAAUGCAAGAGUAGGAACUUCAACGCUGAAUCCACGAAAUCAAAGCAAAGUGAGCUUGAGGAAGACACUUAGCUAUGACCCAGCCAAAUCAGAGACCUUCAAAGCACUUCAGGAAGCAGAGCUAGGUGACACAGUCCAAGAGGUGACAGUUCCAGCUCAAACCAGAGUGUUUUCACCAAGUGCACAACUCAAGAGAGCACCUGGCCCUCAACCAUACCACCAUAAAGCUGCAGGUGGAACCACUUAUACUAUAAAUUCAAUUGGUAAUUCUGACGAAUAUAUUCACCAAAGUGGAAGUUUCAAACGCUUAAUGAAUCAAGUUCUGGGUGAGUCUGAAUACUAAAGGAAACACUGCAUAUUAUACAAUUAAAUGCAUGGUAUGACUGUUUCAUAACUGUAUACAAACACUGAAGGUAAUGUGCCAUAGAUUAAUUUUAAAUGUGCUGUAUUAUUGUGAAAAUGUCUCUGUCUAUUAUUUCUUCAAACCAAUGUGUUCAUAAUGGAAAUAAAAUUAUUUUGUUUUAUUCACAGUAGGUUAGAUUCAUAACUGGUGUCCUUUCUCGUUGACUUAUUUAUGACUGUCUCAAGUUGCUAUUUUGUCCACAUAUUGCUAAUUGUUAUUUCUUAUUGAUUACCUGAAACAAGGAGUGAAAAUUCAUAUAGAUGUAACAAUUCACGUUAUUUCUACCAUGAAGAAUUCACUGAGUGUAAUAUCUAGUCAGUAAAAGCUUUUUUAAGCAAUUGGUGCAUAUAUUCAUAGUGUAUGCUGAUAAUUAAAAGUUGUCAGAUAAACUUCAAUGUGUUUCAGUUACUGUAUAUGCUUUGUAACUAUCAAGUAUUUAUGAAUGAAUAUUUUAAAUGCUUUCUUUCUUAAAACAUAAAAAAUAAAAAAACUGUGUUUAUAUUAACCACCUACGUAUGUAUGAAUGAUUAUUUUGAUUUGUAAGAUACUGUUCUGAAUAUGUGCCAAGCAGGGAAAAUUGUAAAAAAAAAGUUUUAGAAAGGAGUGUUAUUUUGCUUUUUCAAAAUUGCAGCAAUGUAAAAUUAAAAUCUAUAGAAAAUAACCCGUUUAUUGUCAUUAAUAAAGAUAUCUUCUUGCUCUGACAUUGAAGUACCAGCUGAAUUCUCACAAAACUUCACCAAACCAUAAUUUGGUGAAUUGUAUAGCUGUUUUAGUAAAUGCUUCAUUAUAACAAACAACAUGAGUUCUUACUUCCAGAUUCAACCCUGUAAUUAGCACUGAGACAUGCUAGGUUGCUAAUCUGUACCUUUAUAUGAAGCAGAGAGCUGAAAAUGUAACACUUCAUAUAUCACCUUCAAUUUCAAAAAAUAAUCAAAGUGAGAUUUGUUUUGUUUGUAACUCAUAGUUUAUUGUCUUCAGUAAACUGAUUCCAGUUUCCUUAACUCUGUGACAAUCUCACUGAUGAUAUAGCAAUCAGAAUAGCUGAUCAUAUCAGACAUAUCAUUGUCACAAGAUAAAUGAUACACAAUUUAACAUUUGGAAUAUAAUGACCACUCUUGCAAAUAAACAUGAACUGUUCAGUUAAACAAAUGCUGAUAAAAAAGUUUUCUUAAAUGAACUUCAUCAUAAUUCAUGCUGUUGCUAUUGGUUUCCUCACUUUUGUUUAUAAAGUUCAUUUGUCAACCUCUACUCCAUUUCAAUUUUACACUGUACUGAAUUUAUGGCUAAGAAAAUAUAAGCAUUCAUGUUUUAUUGUGUUCAUUGCCCUUUGUCAUUAUUAGGUGUUCUUCGUACUUUAGUGUAAGUGAAUAAUGCCUUACGGGCCUAUCCAUGUUUCUGUCUGUUGGGUCUUCCAUCAUUUGUUGUAAAAGUUGCCUUUGACAUCAUUGUCACAUUUGUUAUUCCACUGAUUGCCCUGCUGGUGUCAUUGCUGGUGAUGUAGUGUAAAAACAUCUUUGGAAUCUUAACGUACUCCAAACAUUACAUAUUUUCAAACUUGUUCUUGGAAUAGUCAUUAUUUUUCAACCUUAUGCAGGUGUAUUUAAUUACCUUUAUCUGUUUUGUACACACUCUCAAGUUAGAUGGCAAACAGUACUCUGAAAGGUGUGAAUGUGCACUUGGAACACAUGUACAUCACAUGCAGUAAAGUGAAUAUAAAAUAUAGCAAAUACAGUCCACUAGUUGCUUUUUGUGUGGUUGAAUGUGACGAUAGACGCUAAUUUUAAUAAGCUACCCUACAAUUCAUCUGUAUACACGAGCAGAAAACCAAACCAAAUGUACAAUAAACGUAUGGAAAGCGUAUGUCAGUGUCGUCCUUCUAGGUUGUGACACCAUGUGGACUUGUGGGUAUGUACCAACAUUUUAGGGAAACACAAUGUCUCCAUGCUCAGGACUGACAUUGGAGGCAUGGGAAGUGGAUAGUUUAAACAUAUAAAGUAAAAACAAAUAGGACUAGGCUAGUGGGGAAAUUGGCCAACAAAAAUUGAGAAAUGAGGAGAUGAUGUCUGGGUCAAUACAAAGUUUUCAUGAAAAGAACAAAGUGAGGCACUGGGUUGGGAAAGACAGACAGAGAGAAAAUUUGGGGCCACGGUAGAGUUAAAAAAGGGACUUCAAGAACCCAAAGCCAGGCUAGGCAAGACCAUGAAUAUGAGUAAAGGGUAGUCAGGAGAAUGAAGGACAGUCAUCAGACAGUGAACGGGUAUAUCUGGAAUACAAAAAGGUAUGUAGACCAGGUGAUAAAAAGAAGAGUAAAAAAGGGGCUUGUUGGCGAUAAGAAUGGGAGAACAAAAGUGGGCUGCAAGUUCUAGAAAGGGCAAAUUUUUAUAGUAAGCUUCAGGGCGACAACUGUCAUGGAUUGUCCUCACAAGGACCACAAGAAGAGUAGGGAUGUGCCCACCAUUUUUUGGUGAGAGCCCACUUAUGUUCCAUGACAUUUUCAGGGAGAAACCAUAUUUCCUAUUCAUGCUGCUGGAAUUAAACUCAAUUUAUAUCACUUUCCUGACUAAAACAACCAAAACAAAACUUCAUGGAAGCUACAGAGAUCAAGCUGCAACAAGUCACAGAGACCUCUCAUUCAUAACAUGAAGAAAUGUACACGGUCUCUCGCCAAGGACAACAAGAACAAGACACAACAUCCCUACUCAGCUCUUGGUCCUUGUAAGGACCUUCCUUGUUAGUUGUCCCCCUGAGGCUUACUCUAAAACUCUGCCCUUUUCAAGUUUUGCUGUUCACUGUUGUUUCCCAACACUUAUUAAUGGCCACCCUCUUCUUUCUCUUCAUUGUAUUGUCCAUUUCACCCGCCCUUCUACAUACCUGAUCCACCCAUUCACUGUCUGCUGACUGUCCUUCACUCCCCUGACUACCCUUUUCUCUCAUUCAAUUUCCUGCCUAGCCUGGGUUUGGGUUCUUGAAAUCCCUUCUUGAACUCUAAGCUCAUCCCCUGGCCUAGUUCAGAAUUUCACCUAGAGUCUAUCAUCUGGUUGGCCCCAGAAAUGGCCGAUAUUUUUCACUCUCUCUCUUCUGAUCCAGCCCCUCUCAUUUUCUCUGCAUGAAGGCUCGUUGUUAGCCCCGGCCGUCUCCUCCUCAUUCCUCGAUUCUUAUUUGCUAAUUUCUCCUCCAGCCUAGCCCUUCUUCUGAUCAUAUUUAAACUGUCCACUUCCUAUUACCCCCCCCCCCUUUCAGCCCUGAAGAGAGAGACAGCGUGUUUCUCCAAAAUGUUGGUAUCCACCUGUGAGUCCACACAUCAUUAUGAUUCAGAAGAAUUACACUGACAUCUACACCAAUGUGAGAUUCCAAAUCUUACAUAGCAAGUGCACGUUCCUUGCUAUGGAAUCCAAUGUAAAGUUCUAUGAUCAUCACCAAGGAAUUUGACAAAAUCCAGCCAUUAGAUCAUGUCCUAAAUCAGUUUUAAUGUCCUUCCAUAAUAUUCAUUUCAAUUUUUUCCUCUCAUCUAUAUUUCUGUAUUAAAAAUUAUUUUUUUCUGCACAGUUUUCAAUCUUGUACUUUUUUGUGAUUUAUGCCAUUAUUCUUUGCUGAGUGUAUUAUUACCGUCUCAAAAAGACAUCUAAUCCAUUCAGUUGGUUCUCUUACUUCACUGGAAUAUAAAGUUUUAGGUUAUAUUAAUGUUCAUACAGGAUUUAAUGAAUCCAGUUUUGUUAGUAUUUUUCAGACUUUCAUAUGAUCAACUACAACUUGUUUUGGCUUACAGCCAUCUGAAGGUAUUUCAUGAAUAUACUGAAAUGUCAAAUUAAAACACUAAAUGCACUUUUGGCAUAGAAGUAUGGAUCCAUAUUUGUGAUUUAAGCGAUCAUUAAAAUAAUUACACAA